AUCUGAGCACACACUGCUGCACAUCAUCACACACACUCACUCAGGCACUCACACACUCACACACACUUCUUCAGCUCCUGAGAGGAAAUCUACCAAAAAAGUGACGAUGGGGAAAAUUAACGGAUGCCUCAAAUGUCUCUUCAUCUUCUUCAAUGUGUUGUUUGGUAUCAUCGGAUGUGUUCUGGUCUACGGGACGAUAAAGGCCACCGCCUUCAGCCUCCAGAUGUCGGCGUUCGGGGCCCCCGGCCUGGGUUGGGCGUGGGUGUUUGCCAUCGGCGUCCUCGGCAUCUCCUCCCUGGGAAUCUACGCAGGCUGCUCCGAGAACACUCUGGCCCUGAAAAUAUUUGCAGGUUUCAUGGUGGCGGGGAUGGUCAUCAUGAUGAUCUUUGGCAUCAUUAUUGUUGUCGGGAGAAACAAGCUCAGAGAUUCAUUUCACGCCUCCACUGAAGUGAAGCCCUUCAUGGAGGACCAGGAAAUGAGAAGUGUUAUCAACGGGCUGCAGGAAUCUCUUCACUGCUGUGGAGUGGUGAGUCCCAAGGACUGGGGUAGUGACAUCCCCGCGUCCUGUGAGUGCAAUCCUUCCGGUAUGGGAGGACUCUAUGGUGGAAGGGACAGCUGCAUAUCCAGACCUGCGGGAACCACAGGCCCAAACCAGAUCUAUGAACAGACCUGCGGCGACAUCUUGCUCUUCUUCAUUAACUUGGUCUGCAAUAUCACCAUGGGCUUCUGCUUCGGAUUUGCUGUUACCGCACUGCUCGGCCUGCUGGUGUCGCUCCUGAUGAUCCAUCAGGUCAAACGUCACGACAGUGCAGGAGGGGCGUCCUACGCCAUGAAGAGCUACUGACGACCUUUGACCCCUGACCUUUAACCUCUGCACUGUAACUUGGGGACUCAGUGAUCAUUGUGUGACUUCUUUCACUUCUUUACAGGGCUUCUCUCUUUUUAAAGAACGAUAGGGAAAGACAUGGUUUCUCGAAGGAAGAUUUCAUGUGGGAGAAAAAGUGCUUUUCCAGCUUUUUUAUCGUAGAAAAUUUUAAAAACAGCAAACAUUUAUUUUUGUGUGAAUUAUACAGUAUAUAUAUAUAUAUCUUUUGUGUUAUUUGAUGGUAUUUUAGUCGCCUCACGUAACAGAGAAGCAGUUUCUAGGCUCAACAUCGCAACAUAUGACUAAAGGUCUUUUAACCCACGGAGGUCGUAACAUUUAUUUUUUUAGAAAAUGAUUAUUUUACUUGUUCAGAAUUAAAAAUAGCACCACGACGUUCACCUGAGCGUCGACAACUGGUUACUGUGGUGACCGCAGUAGUAAAUUAGCGAAAAUUCACAUGUGACUCUCGUUUCGCAAACUUAUAACUUAGAAAAUAACGUUAAAUGAACGUGGAAGGUGAAAAAUGGCUAACAGGCUAAUCCGAUAGCUUCCACCAUUUUGAAAUCUCCCAUUGUAAAUUUUCUCUAAAAGUCUCUACGGUCAAAUUCUCGUGCUGUUGGUCAAUAACACAUUUCGUACGAUAAAAGAUUGAACAUUUAUCGGUGGAUUUAUUUUGUUUUUGCAGCUUUUCAAUCGGAAUUAUGCUUUGAAGUUUGAUCACCAACUUUCAUUUUCAGUGUUGAUUGUUUUCUAAGAGUUCGCUUCUCACUGAUCAACAGGAUCAGAGCCUGUUUUCUAUCUUCUGUCCACAACGAGGUUAUUUUUUUAUGAGAUCACAGAUCACAACUCCCCAAUAAACAAUUCAAAGAAAA